AUGCAGAGCCUGCGCGGAGCCCCGCCGGCGCUGCCCCUGCCCCUGCCGCUGCCGCCGCUGCUGCUGCUGCUGCUGCUGCUGCUGGCCGCGGGGCACGGCGCCGUCAUCACCGGGGCCUGCGACCGAGACCAGCAGUGUGGAGGCGGGAUGUGCUGUGCCAUCAGCCUCUGGAUCCGCAGCCUGAGGAUGUGCACCCCGAUGGGAAACCUGGGAGACGAGUGCCAUCCCUUGAGUCACAGAGUCCCCUUCUCCGGGCGGCGGAUGCACCACACCUGCCCGUGCCUCCCGGGCCUGGCCUGCAUGAGGACUUCUCCCAGCAGGUUCAAAUGUUUACCGGACUUCAGAAAAGAAGACAUCUUUUUUUAGCAGGAGCUGUUCUGCACCAGAAAGAGCCACUCGGUAUUUUCGUUCUCUCGUUAUUGUGACAAAAAAGGGCCAGCCAGGGGAAGCCCUUCACCAUAUUUUCCUGCCUCACCAACAUCAGCUGGAGAUGAGACAUUGCUGUUGUGGCCAAGGUUUUCAGGAGGGACUCGCAGUGGAGGAUGCUUUCAUUUUGGGGUAGCAAAAUGACAUCUGCUAGAGCAAAACUCUUUCUGACGGCAGGGGCUUGACCAUUCCUGAAUCAUUUUGUAGUCUUCAUGGGCCAGUUUAACCCCAGAAUGAAAAAAUCCAAGUUUAUUGCCAGUUUUGGAAAAAUCUGGCCACAUUUUUACACUUUGGAAUACCUGAAUUGAACUGAGAGUUGGAUAACUGAGUAGUGUGAAGAACAUGACAAUUGCCAAAAGAACUGUAUUUACAUUGCAUUUCAUAUCAUUAUUAAUAUAAUUUUAUUUGUAAGUUAGGCGCACAUCUAGGGUAAAGGUUUAACCAAUAGAUGUAGUUUUUACACUUUUAAAAAGUGGCAGGUGGAACCAAAGCAUUUCAACAUUCAAGAGCAUUAAAAGAUUUUGUUAUUUUAGUAUUCUAAGAUGAGAAGUUGUUACUUGAAUUGGUGUAAAACUACCUGAUCAUCUCAAACUAUGUAUUAAGAUGUAGUUUAUAUUAAAGAAAAUGAGGUUUAUUGUAAUGGGCUGCCUGACUUCUUGUAUAUGUAUCAAAUUUGCUGUGUAAAAAUUCUGUAUCAGAAUAAUGGCAGUGUAUGAUUUGACUUAUUUUAAUAUUAUAACAUUAUUUUGUCACUGUG